UGAAUCCUCCCAUAAAGGAAAAAAGAAAGCUGUUGAUUGUCGUCGUAGCACUGCCGCACAGUUCUUUGUUGAAGAAGAAACUGUUGACGAGGCUGCAACUACCGAUAGAAUUGUUCAGCUUCUGAAUGAAGCUAUUGUUCCCAAAGAGGAAGGAGCAGCUUUGAAAAAUUUAAAAAUUGUACAUGAACUGAUCAUUCACAAGGAGCCAAAACUGCUGGAUAAUUUUUUUAGAUGAAGUAGUAAGUUUUCUAGCAUGAUCAAAAUGCUGAAGUCCGAAAAUUUGUUGUUAAUUUCAUUGAAGAAGCUUGUAAGAAAGAUCCCCAAAUACUGCCUAAAGUGAUUGGAAAUUUAAACUUGAUGUUGUUGGACAAAAAUAUUAAUGUUCAGAAAAAAGUAAUACAAACAACUACACAGUUAUAUACUGUUGCAAUUAAAUGGUUAUGUGAUGCUAAAACUGUUGAUGAAGUAAUGGAAGCUACUUGGGCUUCUAUGAGUGAACUUAAAGCAAAAAUAAUUUCCUUGUUAGAUUCUGAUAACGAGGGUAUUCGAGUGUUGACAGUGAAGUUUAUGGAGAAGGUCAUUCUCACACAAACCUUUAAAGACCAAUACACAGAUCCAAAAGUCAAGGACUUAUCUUUGGAUGACAUUCCAGUAAUAUUAAAAAUAUUUAGACCGAGAAAAAUGGAAGAAGAAGCUAAAGACAUUUUUUUAAAAAUUGUUGAUUUCCAUGGAGCUUCACAUGUUUCUUGUGUUAAUUUGACUUCGUGCAUGCAAGUCUUAGUUACGAUUGGAAGAAAAAGAUUUGAAUUCUUCUCAAAAGUGCUCCAAGCAUUUGAAUCAUUACAUGCAAAUUUGCCUCCAACACUAAGCCAAUCUCAAGUUAGCAGUGUUCGAAAAAAUUUAAAAUUACACCUUUUCACACUAGUAAAGCAUCCCGGUGCUGUUGAGUUUCAUUCCACGUAUAUCAAUCAUGCUAUCAGAUUUAGGAGCUUACUCCACAGCAAAUAAGUAAAUGUUUUCCUGCAGUAGAAUUGAGCAAAAAACGGUGUUGCGAAAGAUCCCGAGGUUUUCAAUAAGAGACCCAAAAUGGAGGAAGAAAUAAUUGGUAAAACUGAUCCUAAACCUAAAAGUUGUUGAUAAAAGUUUGAAGGCAAAGAAUACUGCCAUAGAUAUUACUGCUGAAGGACUUGGUUCCAAAAUUUAGCAGUACUAAUGUUGCUGAUUUAGUCCUGGUUAGCAUGCUAAACUUACCUGAUAUGAUGCCUGCUCAUUUCCAGUCAACAUAUACUCCAAUUGCUGCUGCUGGUACUGA